UUAAUUUACCGGAUCUGACGUUUGAGUCCUAGUUCCCGACGGAGCGGUUUCAGUGUGACACAACAACAUGAAGCCUGGAGUCAGAAUCACACCGAGCCGCGAAAACUGCGUUUAUACCAGCUGUUACUGUGAGGAGAACGUGUGGAAGCUGUGUGAGUUCGUGAGAGCCGAGAGAUCAGCAGCGCUGGACCAGCUGGAGGUGGUCUUCAUCUCCAACGAGACCAGAACGGUUCCUCUCUGGAGGCAGAAGUCUGGACGAGGAGAUCAGCCGGUGAUCUGGGACUACCACGUCAUCCUGCUGCAGGUAGAGCCUCCAGGUCCUUCUUCUUCUUCUUCUGUGGUGUAUGACCUGGACUCUGAGCUGGAGUUUCCAUGCAGCCUGGAGCUGUACGCAGCCGAGGCUCUACACACAGACACACACCUCAGAGCCCAGUACCACAGGAAGUUGCGUGUGAUCCCUGCUGACUGCUUCCUGUUGAACUUUGCGUCCGACCGUUCUCACAUGAAGAACUCAGACGGGUCCUGGAAGAUGCCCCCCCCCGCCUACCCCCCCAUCCAGACCGCAGAGAGCCAGAUGAACCUUGAUGACUUCAUCAGUGUGAGUCCUGCUGUCGGCUGGGGGGGGGUCUUCAGCCUGGACCGCUUCCUGCAGACGCACGGCAUUCUGGGACGGGCGGGGGCCGCGUCUUCAUCAUAGUCCCCAGAUGCAUUCUGGGACGGGGGGGGGCUAAUAUGUGAUGUAUUUCCUGUAAUAAAAACAAAACAAACCAAUGUGUCCUCGGAUAAUAAACAUGUUGAGAU